CUUUCUAUUAGACUUUGAUUCAGAACAAUUUUUGUUUUGAUUUUAUGUAAUAUGGAGCUAGUUCCCCUGUUUAUAGUUAUCAUUCAGAUCCAGAUAUUUUCGUGUGCGUCUAACAUUGAAGACUAUCUUUUGCAGAAUUACAGUUCAGCAAUAAAACCUAGAUGGAAUCAAAACGAGACUGUCGAUGUCAGUAUAUAUAUGACCGUAAGUUCCGUUCAAGAGGUAGAUGAAAGAUUACAGCAAAUCUCCAUGUUUGCCUGGUUUAAUGUUCAGUGGGAUGACGAAUUUUUGAUCUGGAACGAGAAAGAAUAUUCCGGAAUUAAGAUGAUCACCGUGCCCUAUCAGAAGGUUUGGGUACCGGAUCUGUCUCUGUGGAACUCCGAAGAAAACAACCACGACCUUGGACCACAUCCGACUGUUACGGUAACAUCAGAUGGUCACGUGAUGUGGUUUCCAGGAGAGAAAAUUGUUACUACCUGUGAACUCAAAAUGACCAAAUUCCCCUUUGAUGAACAACAAUGUGAAUUUAUUGUUUCUCCUUGGCAAAUUACCGACCAGAUUCAAAAACUUAUUCCAAAGAAGCGGUCCAACAACGAUGCGAAAUUAAUAUCAGAGAAUGGAGAGUGGGAAAUAAUGACUUUCACUUACAGUUCAGAGUAUCUUACAGAAUUCGAUAUGACUACUAUACAUUACUCACUACGCCUUAAAAGACGGUAUCUGUAUUUUGUGCUCAAUAUGCUUGUACCCAUCAUGAUACUUUCUAUUUUAAACUCAGUAACAUUCGUCAUUCCUUUGGAAUCGGGGGAGAGAAUUCAGUAUUCUCUCACACUUUUCCUAGCUUUUACUGUGUUUUUAACUAUAUUUGAAAAGAUGAUGCCGCAGAAUUCCACCGCUGUUCCCUACAUUUCUGUGUAUGUUGGUUUCCAGUUACUUCUUUGUGUCAUCUCGACAGUGGUCUCCGUUGUAGCCACAUCAGGACUGAAGACGAAGAAUGAUACAUCUAAGGAAGCUAAAAGAUUUAACUCCAUUAUUCCCGAAAUGUUUGCAAAUCAACCCAAAACUCAAAAUGAAGAUAAGACGGCGGAAAUAAUCAUGGAGAUUGAUGGCGAGGUAGAAAACAACAACAAUAGCAGCAACAACAAGAACUGCAGCAAGAAUGAUAAGAUGUUUGUUAUGAACCACAUCCACCAGGAACGUAAAACGAACUUUGUCAUGAUUCUAUUUAACACGAUCUCACAAGUCCUUUCAGCUAUAAUACUGUUUAUUAUGUACUGGAAUUAAUGCAUUCUUACCAUCAGUUGAAGAUGAUUUGUUUCUUUUCGUAUUUGUUGUAAUAUAAAACCUUACUCAUUUUUAGAACAUGUAUCUGGUUUUAGGCAUAUCCAUUGAAUUGAAGAUUCAAAAAGAAUUCCUCACUCAUGUUGAGACGCCAGCAACUGGAAAUAAACUGUCACAUAGCCAGGUGUUAAAUCCUGUCCAUACACGGUCCUCCGUUGUUGAUGUUCUCAGCCAAAAUACCUGCAGUUCUAAUUUCCAUUUGGUAUUUUACGAUUUAGUCUGACGCUGCUGAUGCUUGAACAGAUAUGAAGCAAGCACUCUAGACACUGAACUCUUUAUACUAUUUUUACUCGUUAUCGGGUAGUUUCAGGUUGUUUCCAAUUAACAUUGUUUGAUAAUUUCCUUGAUUCAAUUUUAAUUCAAAGACACUUUAACAAUUCUAUAUUUUUUAAAUCUAAAGUUAAUAGUAUACUCUAAUCACGAUUUUUAAAAAACAAUAUUUCUAAUUAAAAAGUAUUAAAAUUGUGUAUUAUUUCCUCUGUUUAAAUUUAUCAAAUAUAUUCAAAAUAAUGCAAAUACAUGAAGUGUUGUUUGUAAUAUACAUGUCAUAAACUAGUUGUUGCAGGGGUUAUAGGAGUUAUGCGAUUGAUCAAUGUUUAUUAUCUUCGCCUUUCAUGUGAUGGUAUCGUUAGUGUAAUUUCAAUGUUUAUAAAUUUUAACAAUUUUCCCAGCACACUAUGUGCAAAUGCACGUUUUGAAUUUUCUCUAUAUUAUGAGCAUGCAAUACUGAGUUAAAAACGUACCUUGAUUUACAGUGAUAUAAAUUUGUCAAAUAUUUCAAUAUAGAUUAAAAUUAGUUAAUGGCAAACUAACCAUUUAGCUUGAUGACAAACGGGUUGCUUGUAUCUUUUCCGUCGUUUUAUUAAACAAUCUCCCACUAUCAGCUGCAUAUGGUGUUAAAAUAUCUCUCAACUGAUUUGGUACAUGAUAGCACAUUCUGUGUAUAAUAAUAUAUACAGGGAGUUUAACAAUCUCGUUUCAGGAUCAGAAUGUAUCAGGUUUCAUGAACAUCAUAAUGACCUGCUUUGCAAAUACAGGAUGUCAUUGAGGAAAAUGCUGUCUGACCUGUUUCAUACCUAUUGU